AUGGCGACUAAGCGUAAGUUUGCAGCGGAGAAUAGCGGCGCGCUAGUUCCUGUUAAGAAGCCGAAACAGAAUCAGUUAGCUUUACAAGACCAAGGAGGGGCAAUUCAAUCGGUAUGGAUAAAUAUAUUUGGAGUUUGCGUUUUAUUUAUGGUGUCAUAAUUGCUUGCACGUGGUUGGACUUUGCUAUGCUUUCAAACACUCAUCAUUAUGUUAACUGCUGGUUGUAUCUUUGAUACAUAGCUUCCCCAAAGAACAUCAAGCCUUGAGGCUCCCAUUAUGUUAUUAGGUGGACAUGAGGUUUGUUUAGUUCUAUUUCAGUUCUUUAGUUUUCUUUUAAUCGUCCACCAAAUAAAACUUUGUCACCCUUGUUCUGCAAACGUAUAAUUAUACUCAGACGCUGUACUUGUAAGACAGCAGAAGGAAUCUUCCGUCAGUCGAUGGAUCUAGUGUUUGGUUAAUCCUCCAUCCCUGGUUAUUGAUAAAUUUUCUAGAAUUAUUUACCCCACAGUUUCAAGUUCUUUGCUCUCUGUUUUCAAAAUAGGAUUGUAUACAUAGUAAAUAAAAGGGGGUACGUUUCUAGAGAAACUGUGGUCCUGCGUCGAUGGAAGAGUGUAACAGAGUUACUUAUUUUUUUCGACUGAGUUGAUAACGUUAACUGGCCACCGUAAAGAGUUUAAAAGGUGACGUUUCGAGUGUUAGCCCUCAAUCGCUCUGACGAAAGGCUAACGCUCGAAACACGCUUUUAAACUAUUAUAUACAUAAUGAUAAAUUUUUAAUUUGUCAUUUGUUUAUUUCUCUACUUAGUACUUACUAAUUACGUAUAUAAAAGCAGGUUUGUCAAUAAAAUGUCACUAAUUAAGGAAGAGAAGGGUACUUUUAGGAUAACUAAUUUUGUGCCCCUCACUACAAUUGUUGUUAUGGUAAAUGAGAAAUAGAAAUACAUGUAUAUACACUUAAGUAGAGGGAAGAAAUAUUCAAUAUGCACUGAAUCACACAAGAUUCAUUAGAGAGCAAGAAAAUUUGGGAUUCAUUACUGAGCAGCGUAAGAGAGUUUCAGUGCUUUUUCAAAUAAUUUUUUUAUAAUUUUUGACAGAUAGGAAAGGGAAUAUUGUUCCAAGAAUUUUUACAAAAUAAUGCUACAGGAGGAAAUCUAUAUAUAUGGUGAUCUACCUAUGGUCAAAUUACUGAUUAUAUUUCCUUUCACUCGUAGGGAGAGAUUUUCACUUCAAGAUUUCACCCCUCUGGAGAGACUUUGGCUUCAGCAGGAUUUGAUCGACUGAUUUGUAAGUUUAUAUAUUUCUACUGGUGAUAAAUGUUUUGUUAUAAUUAUUAUUAUUCACAUCAUCGAUCAUGGACUAUGAUCGUCUGGUCAAGAGAGGUCCUAAAGUCAUUAGAAGUGAUAUAUAUUUUGAACACUUUUCACAGAGGUCACCAUUAGAGUCUUGUGAGGAGUCUUAUUUUGCUUCUUUUUCAGACCUGUGGAAUGUUUAUGGAGAAUGUGAAAACUUUGCAGUCCUCAAAGGUCAUACUGGUGCCGUCAUGGAAUUACAUUUCUCAUUGGAUGGGAGGUAAUAAAGAGUUUGUUAACCCUAUAACUCCCAUGAGUGACCAAGAUAGAAUAUCUCCUUACAAUAUCAAUACAAUAUCAUAGACACAAGUGAUGGGGAUUAAGAAAACUAUCAAUUAUGGGAUUUCUAAUUGAUGCAAUACCAAAUUCUCCAAACUAACAUAGUGAGAAUUAUUUGGCAGACAGUAAGGAGAAUUACUAAUGAGAUCUUGGGAGUUGAAGGGUUAAACAUUUCAGGCGUCUAGCUUGAGAAAUCAUUUUUCUCCCUCCUGAAGAAUUCAUGCCUGCAAAGUAACUUGUGCUAAUAGUGCUAAUGAGAGCAGCUUUAUGAUUUUUUUGCACUAAAUUUCUUCUUGGCAACCAGAUGAAGGUGAUAAAUGCACUAUUUGCCCAAGGUGUCUUAACUAUCUUUGCAACUGGUAGCAACACAUUUCUUCUCCUAGCUGGUUCCCUCAGUUAUAUAUCAAUCUGCUCUUAAAAUUAUUGUAUUUUUUUUUAUUUUUUUGUCUUUAACAGCACCAUGUUCACAGCAUCAACAGACAAGACAUUAGGUAUUUGGGAUUAUGAAACAGGUGCAAGGAUAAAGAAGUUGAAAGGCCACAGUUCAUUUAUAAAUAGUUGUUAUCCAUCUAGAAGAGGGCCUCAGUAUGUUGUCAGUGGAGCAGAUGAUUGUACUGUCAAGGUUUGUUUCAUAAUUGUCUCUUUUUUUAAUACUUUUGGUAGAAACUAGAAGGAAGUCAAGUAAAGCCAUGAUCCUUUUAGGUGUGCUAAAAUUUAAGCAAUCUAAUCUGAAAUUGAAGAUUGUUUUAUUUUUAAAAUAUGCACACAGCUUCUGUGUCUUAAAGGUGCAUGUCAAGUGCUUUAUCUUUGGUUAUUGUUUUGCUUGCUUGAAAUAAAUCAUUUCCACAAAAAUGCGAUCAAGAUCCACAAAAAGUUCUUAGAGGUUCUCAAUACUCGAUACUCAAGCCUCAAUUCUUGAUCACCAAUUCUCUAUAGCUUUGAGUAUUGAGGAUCAAGUUUUGAGUUGAGACUGUCAGCUUUCUCUUGAGCAGUACUGAGUAAACUACGAAUUGCAUCUUGAGUCAUAAGUCUGUCACAUGGCUUGUAUUUCAGUUGUGGGACACAAGAAAAAGAGGAUGUGCACAAACAUUUCAGAACAUUUAUCAAGUAAGUUUUCUUACCAUUUUACCAUGAUGUUAAUGUGUGAAUUGUUUUUUACAGAUGGGUAAUACAGUUUAGCUGGAUCAGUCCUGAUGAAAGGCUUAUGCUCGAAACAUCAGCUUUGAAAAUCUUUAUGGUGGCCAAUUUAGGUUAUUAACGCAGUUAGUACCCAGUCUUUCAUCAUGUUUGAUAGAUAAUUCCAGACACCUGGUCAUUCAUGUAUGAUGUACAUCAUUCUGUUUGUCUCCAGCCAUGCCUCAAGCUUAACCCUUUACAUCCUAACAUCAAUAUACAUUUUCUUCAUAUACUUUUCUUUAUAAUAGUGCUGACAGAGAGAAUUUGUUUAACAAUCAAGAGCUUUUUUAGUUGCUGAUCAUUUCCUUUAUUCUCAUGACCUCAUGCUGGAGUUAGGGUUAAUACUAAUAGAGGAAAUAGUUACUUAUCACUCUUAUGGGGUUCAAGGGUUGAUAAGUGCUGUGUCAAAGAGUACCUUGAUCAUCUCUUGUUCUAGGUAACUGCAGUUUCAUUCAAUGACACAAGUGACCAAAUCCUCUCAGGAGGCAUAGACAAUGAGAUGAAGGUCAGUAGCCAUUUUAGUCUGUGAAAGUAGCUUAACUUCUCUGAUUCCUAAACAAUUCAUGCCAACUUAGUUAAAAAAAAUUAUCUCACCACUAGGAUCUGUCAACAACUUAACAUCAAAUAUAUAACUAUUAUACAACAUAAGUUCUUGAACACUAUGCAACCAAAAAUUUUUGCCUUUAGAUAGUUUGAAAAAAAAGGCCUAGUUACAAGUCAUGUCAAGCUACCCUUUGUGUUUAGGUAUGGGAUCUUAGGAAAAAUGAUGUCCUAUACAAGAUGUCUGGACACACAGACACAGUCACUGGUCUUAGUCUCAGUCCAGAUGGUUCAUUUAUCCUCUCCAAUGCAAUGGAUAACACAGGUAUUAUAAAGUAUUACAAAGUAGAUAGCCUAUAGAACAUGAAAUUUCUUUUGUGUCAUUGAGAGGGGGCACAGAAAAAAUGAUAGCUUCCUCUUUUUGUGCCUCCAACAUUUCACUCCCAAGAUCUCAAUAGUAAUUUGCCUCACUGUCUUCCAUACAGUUCUCACAACGUUUGUUCAGAGAAUUUGGUAUUGAAUCAACUAAUCUUCCUUCAAUGAACUGUUACUUUUCUUUAUUCUUGAGGCUUGUCUGCUUGAUAUUGUAAGGAGAAAUUCUGUCUUGGUCACUCAUGGGAGUCAAAGGAUUGAUCAUUCCCAGCUCUCUUCCUGCACUUGCUCUUUUUAUCUUGAACAAUAAAACUUUGUGCUUGAAGUAUUGUGUAAAGUACCAAACAAAAUAAAUAGAUUCAAAACUCUUUUAUUUUCAAUGCUAUUGUCCAUAGCCAUGCAAGGUAGUUUGUUCAGGAAACACUCUUUAUGCUCCUCAAAAGUCAAUGAGUGUUUGUGGUACUUGAAACAUGCAAUGUCAUUUGAAUUUAUAUACUUAAUAAUAGUUGUGCAUUUUUACAAUUAACAUAUUUCAUCUCCUUAUCAGUUCGUAUGUGGGAUAUUCGUCCAUUUGCCCCUUUGGAAAGAUGUCUGAAAGUUUUCACUGGAGCACAGCAUAACUUUGAAAAGGUAACUUCAAGGAAGUACAUGUGUACAUGAGUUGUUAGCAUUGAAAAGAAAUUACAACUCAUGCUGUACCUGAAUCAUCAGACAAUGUAAGGCUGGUCACACUGUCAGAUAUGCAUGCCUCAUAUAAUGGUUGAACAUGAUAUAUACAGACAUUUUGUAUAAUGUAGUAUUAAAACACAGAUCAAAAUGGCAGCUCUUGUUAAAUGUGAAACCAUCAAAUGAGGAGUUUCAUUUUUCCAUAAUUGUUAUUUGUCACUUGAAAUUGAACAAAUCAAAGUUUGGAUCAUCUAUUGUGGCCACUUUAUAGCUCUGCUUUCUGUCUGAACUAAUCUCAUGCUUUUUUUUUGUUUGUUUUUAUAAUGCUAUGUUUUAGAAUUUGAUCAAGUGUUCUUGGUCCCCUGAUGGACUAAUGAUAUCAUCUGGAUCAGCUGAUAGGUAUUGUAGUGCACAGACUCAUUUUAAAAUUAAAAAUAGUUUUCCAGCACGUGUAACAUAAAUUUGUGUGUUCUACAUAUUCUGGGUUUUUUUAAGCACCAAACAUCAUUGUGGCAUGUAAGAUAUGCCAGUAACUGAGGAACUUUUCCAGUGUGACAUAGAACAUUUGAGUAUUUGUUUGAUUUCACUGUAUUUAUUCUUUUAGGUUUGUUUAUGUCUGGGAUACAAAUUCCAGAAGAAUUCUGUACAAACUCCCUGGACAUGAUGGAUCAGUAAAUGAUGUUGACUUUCAUCCCAAUGAACUGAUCUGUGAGUGCACAAUUCAUUCUUGAUUUCAUCAUUGAUCAAUACACUUCCAGAAAAGCCAUUGGAAAAAGCUUUGCUUGACCAAAAUGUUAUUUUUGGAGAAUCAUACUAAUUCAUAAGCAGUGUGGCAUGAGCAGAAAAGUCUGUGAGAUUCAAGCAGGCAAGAGUUCUCUAUGGUAUCUAACAUUGAUAUUGCACUUUAGUGGGAGACCAAGGGGGAGAGGGCCAGGUGGCUAUUGGUUAGUUCACUUGAGUUUGGAUUGGGUCACCUGGUUAUCAUGUUGUAUUUUUGAGCGAAACACUCUACUGUCAGGCAUCUUUCUCCACCCAAGAGUAUUAAUGGGUACUGGGGAAUUGCCAGAGAUGCCUGAUGAAAUGCUGAGGGUAACCCUACAGUGGACUGGCAUCUCAUCAUGAGGGAAGUAGAAACACUCAUAAUAGCUUCAUGCUUCAAAGAUUGUGAUAAGCUACAGCUAUAUGGGCCUCUUAGCUUAAGUACAGAUUUAAUCUAAUACUUACAUGUACUUGAGUCACGUUUUCAAGAAAAGUUAUGAGCAAAGAACUCAUUGAAUUUGACAGAUUUACCCCUAAAUUAGCAAGCUUUAAAAGAACUCUCUCUUCUAUUCCAGUGAUGUCCUGUGGAAGUGACAAGAAGAUAUAUCUUGGAGAAUUGCAAGCAUAAUACACAUCUGCAUUGCUCUUAGUCUCCUGGCCUGCAAAGUCAGAAUCUUCAGAAAUUCUUGGUGGCACAACACACAACAAAAGACAUGUUGUACAUGUUCAUUCUCUUUAGUUGUCAAGAACAUGACAUCUUUCACAGAAUUUUAGUAAAAAUUCUGUUACUUCCAUAAAUAAAUAUAACCAUUUUAAUUUAUUUCUGUUGCAAGACUUAGAUUAACAGACUUUUAGAGGUCAUUUUUUCAUUAACUCCGAGAAAUAAUAGUUAUCAAUUUAUUUCAUCUCUUUGCUACUUUUAAAAUUUUCAAACAUCCCCAUUUUAUCUCACAUCUCACAUAUAUGUUCCUAGUUUACAGUGUAUAAAAUCGUGUGAAAGAAUGUUGUAAGGACUUCAAAAUACAUGUUAACAAGUUUUCUUUAAGACUACAGAGUUUCUGUAAGUGUCAAGGCC